AUGGAGAAGCACGGUGCGAGUAAGAAACGAGUGCUCACCGCCCUCGUGUCAUAUGCGGCGCGGCGGAAGGCCGAGGAGCUGGCCAGGGAGAAGCAGGAGGCGCGCCGAAAGGCGGAGGAGGAGAAGGAGAAGUUGGAGAGGAAGUUCAGGCUGACUCUGCAGCUGCAGCGCAAAGAGAAGGAAGAGGAGGCCAGAGUCAACGUGAUAGAAGACUCCAACGUCAUAGAAGAUUCCGGCGCGGAGGAGGUCGAUGACGAUGAAGACGAGGACGACCCCCUCCUGGCAGUUGUGAAGGCGGCGCAGGCGCAAAAGAAGGAGGGCCAGAAGGCGCCGGCGCCCGCCGCGGCAGCACCCGCGGCUGCGCCCAGCGGCGCCGCGGCGCCGCGGCGGCCGCUGCCGAAACGGCGGGCCAGCACGGAGGCGGCGCCGGCUCCGGAGCCGCUGCCGGAGCCGGAAGAUGAGGCCACGGACCCAGAGGUCGAGUCGGACUUCGACCCCGAGGUCUACCGAGAGGAGAGGCGGAGAAGGCGAGAGGGAGGUGCGCGGGAGGCGGCGCGCGGGGGCAAGCCGCCGGAGGCCGGCGAUGAGGGUGAGGCCACGGAUCCUGACGUUGAGUCGGAUUUUGAUCCUGUGAGCUACGCGGAGGAGCGGAAGCGGAAGCUGGCAGCCUUGCCUCUCCAGGACGCCAAGCGGCACCGCGCGGCCGACGAAGCCGCCAGGAACGGCAGGUCCCACCGGGACGAGGACGCGCUGACUGCGCUGGACACGGUCGACGUCGAGGCCGCAAGGCCAAAGAAGACGGCGCGACCACCGCCCAGCCUGGAGCAGGACUGCUUUCCCUGCAGCCCCUCUCGCGCAGCCCACCAGCACUCCGUUCAAAUUCCCAGCUUGGCUCGUUGUCCACUCCCGUGGCGCCGACGGAGUCUUUAAGGGUAUCCUCUCGUCCGUCAUGCCCCAUUCUUCGGACGCUCGUCUGUCGCUGUGCCUUCCUCUCGUCGCAUUUUGUUUCCC